AUUUCACCACCUCAAACUGAAAGAUCAUCAACGACCGACCGGCCGGAGCAGCCGGUUGAGUUGACAUUCGCGCGAUCGGCAUAAUCUCCCGUUUCCAUCCCGCCACGACCAACCGACGACUCACCGCCCGGCACGUCGUACGUCGUUUGUCGUCCCAUCACACUAAUCAGUGCGUGGGCGUGGCAACCACCAUCCACCAACACAGGCCGCCCCGUCGUCAGAUUAUUCAUUCAUUCAUUCCUCCUUGCUCUCGUCCUUAACUCGAAAGCUCACAGCUCAGGCGUCGUCCCUGCUUCUCAGACAGAGGAUGAGAACCUUGUCCGCGUGAUGACACAGCCGGCAUACGUACUGUGGAUGGCAUGAUUAGCGCCAUCAGUGGCAUCAUGGAGGACGUCGUCAGGAUCGGGAGCUUCGACUUGGACGCCGUCAGCGGCGCGUACCCGACGACGCUGCCCAGCCCGAGGAUGGUCGCCGCAGGACGAGAGCUCCAGCUCAUCCACUCGCCACGCCAGCCGUCGUCGGGGUUCAGGGAGAGCCUCAACCCGAUCUACACCGACCACGACACCACGACGACGACCACGACGACGGCAACCACGGAUUCGUCACCGUUGGCCGCCGCGGCAAACCACGCUGCGACGGCGGCAGCGGCAGCGGCACGGGCCGACGGCGGCGGCAGCUCGGUGCCCGCGCGUCGCCACACUGCCAGCGCCGCCGGGAACGGGCGCUGGGAGGCCAUCCGCGUGGCCGAGCCACCGCUCAGCCUGGGCCACUUCCGCCUCCUCAGGCGCCUUGGCUACGGCGACAUCGGCAGCGUCUACCUCGUCGAGCUCCGCGGCGGCCGCGGCGCGCUCUUCGCCAUGAAGGUCAUGGACAAGGGCUCUCUGGCCGGGCGGAACAAGCUGCCCCGCGCGCACACGGAGCGGGAGAUCCUGGGCCUGCUCGACCACCCCUUCCUGCCCACGCUCUACUCCCACUUCGAGACCGACAAGUUCUGCUGCUUGCUCAUGGAGUACUGCUGCGGCGGCAACCUCCACGCGCUCCGCCAGAAGCAGCCCAACAAGCGAUUCACCGAGGACGCAGCCAGGUUCUACGCCUCUGAAGUCCUGCUUGCGCUGGAGUACCUGCACAUGCUGGGCGUGGUGUACCGGGACCUCAAGCCCGAGAACGUGCUCGUCAGGGAGGAAGGCCACAUCAUGCUCUCCGACUUCGACCUCUCCCUGCGCUGCUCCGUCAGCCCGGCGCUUGUCCGCUCCCCGUCCGGCCGGGUCAGCGGAGGCGGCGGCCUCGCCCACGGCUGCAUGCUCCCGCGCAUCCUCCAGGUGAAGAAGAAGAAGAAGGGAGACAAGGCUAAUAAGGCCAAUAAGCUGGACAACGAGACGGUGACUAGCAAGAAGCCGUCGUCGCUGGAGUUCACAGCCGAGCCGACAAGCGCGCGGUCCAUGUCGUUCGUGGGCACGCACGAGUACCUGGCGCCGGAGAUCAUCCGCGGCGAGGGCCACGGCAGCGCCGUCGACUGGUGGACUUUUGGUAUCUUCCUCUACGAGCUCCUGCACGGCGCCACGCCGUUCAAGGGCUCCGGGAACCGCGCCACGCUCUUCAACGUCGUCGCGCAGCCGCUCAGGUUCCCCGACGCGCCGGUGGUCAGCGCCGCCGCAAGGGACCUUGUCCGGGGACUGCUGGCAAAAGAGCCGCACAACCGGCUCGCGUCCCGGCGCGGCGCCGCGGAGGUGAAGCAGCACCCCUUUUUCGAAGGCGUCAACUGGGCGCUCGUCAGGAGCGCCCAGCCGCCCUACAUCCCCGACGCCGCCGUUGAUCACUGUUCCCACUUCGCCUGCGACGGAGCGGCGCAAGGUGCCACGCCCAAGAGCUCCGCACGGAAAACCGGCUCGCGUCGCACUGAUUCCUCGCAUGUCGAUAUUGAGUAUUUUUAGGAUCAUAGGAUGUGAUCACACGUUUUAAUUUGAGAUCUCCAUUUGUAUCUUAUCCUUGGAUGUCCUCCUGGAUCAUGAUGUGUUUGUUUCCUUGGUGAAGUAUAUAUAUAUACAGCAUUGCUAGUUUGGCUCUCUUUGUUUA